AUGGAGGAUCUUCCAACGACAUUGCUAGACGUUUUGAGCAACUCACUGAUACUUCGCCAAACAGCACCAUAUAUCCCGGCCCGGAAUCUGCUCGCCCUCUCAGCCACAAGCAAGACCUUUCGUCUUGUCAUUGGAGCCCAAGCGGAUGUCUGGCGCUAUGUUGACCUCACAGACAUCUCGUCGGCUCGUAUAGACUCCUCGCCAAUCGAUGUUGGUGGCAUGUCGUGGCGAGCAGAACGUAUGGAUGAAUCGUUGACGGAGGACGACUUUUAUUCCGGGCCCUUACGAGGAAUCUUCUCCCAGCUACAGCGACAGACUAUUCUACGGCAUGUGCAGACUUUGGUUUUGGACGGACUGUCAGUUCCUGCCGAUCUUGUCCGCGAGAUUGUGGCUGAGGACCGGUACAACGUCAGGGUUCUCAGCAUCCGUGAGGCGAAGAAUCUCAACCAGACGAAGUUGCAGCAAGUUCUACGGUAUAUUGUUCGGCCUACACGUGCUGAAGGGACGCCUAAGUUGAAAGCACUCUACUUCUUCGGACCAAAAGACGAUGCGAGUUUUGUCAUCGGCCAUCAGCAGAGACUCGAAGGCUCACAGGCACUGGGAGUGAUGGCUUCGGAAGGUGCUCAGAUCGGCGCACAAUGGAACGAACGAUCUUCCGAUGCACUGCUUGCUGAUUUCGGCGACGAGGAAACGAAGUGGUAUCACAGUACUGGACGAGCACUUCGUCGACCGCAAUCCGAGUGGCCUGACACGCUCAAUGCAUGUAGAGGAAUCGUUACUUUCGACGCCGUACUAUGCCGUGGACCUCGCCAUGAGAUAAGUAAGACAGCGAGCGAGGACUUCUUACAACCAACUAUCGCUACAGUCGCCCUGGGACCGUCAGGAUCGUUUGCUUCUCAGGAAGCUUUCAAAGGCACACGAAAGAUCAUCCGGCCCAUCAUGCUUGCCGCACAAACGCCGUACCAAACGAUAGCAGAAGUGCAAGAAGCCAUACAAAGCGGCAAGACGACAGCCAAAGACGUAACGGAACAAUACCUAGAAGCUAUCAAACAGCUCGACGGCGACAUCAAUGCAAUCACGGCGCUCAACGAAAAUGCACUAGCAGAUGCCGAAGCUCUCGACAAGCUUGACCCGGCCAAACGAGGACCGUUACAUGGUGCCCCAUUCGUAAUCAAAGAUCAAAUCGAAACAGCAGGCAUCGCGACAGCAUUCGGGAGCGAAGUAUGUAAAGACUAUGUACCACAACGCGAUGCCACGCUUGUGCGAAAGCUGCGAGAGGCGGGCGCUGUUAUUCUUGGUAAGAGUACGAUGCCGGAUUGGGCGGCAUCGUGGUUCUCCACAUCGUCUCUAAGUGGUACGACGAAGAAUCCGUACGAUCUCAGUAGAGAGCCAGGAGGAUCGUCGAGCGGUAGUGGUGCAGCUGUAGCAGCAGGGAUGGCCAUUGCUGCUAUCGGAGGCGACACGGGUGGUAGCAUUCGUCUGCCAUCUAGCUUCUGCGGCUUGGUGGGUGUUCGUGUCACUCCAGGUCGCAUUAGUAGGGAUGGGAUGUCUGCGCUUGUUGUUACGCAAGAUACACCUGGACCCAUGACGAAGACUGUUGCGGACGCCGCCAAGAUUCUUGAUGUUGUUGUUGGGUUUGAUGAAGCGGACGAGUACACAGCUGUAAAUGCCAUGGCUGUUCCAGCCUCUUCCACACCGUUUAGCGAUGCUGUGAAGAAUCCGAAGACGAAAGGCCACUGUCUCGGUGUGCUCAGAAGGGCCUUCGGUACCCACAAAGGCAUCACUCAAGUCCUCAACACCACGCUCUCAAGCCUGAAAGAAGCCGGCGCAGAUCUAAUCGACGUGGACAUCGUCGACCUCGACCACUACACCUCCUUCACAUCAAUGUACGCCGUGCGCUCCAAAACCGACAUCAACGAUUUCCUCGGCUCACGCCCGGACCUCGCACAUCUCAAGAUCGAAGAUCUGCAGAAGGAAGGCAAGUACCACAAAGCGCUCGAUCUUAUAGAUGUCCUUGUCAAAGCGCCAGCAGACCACACCAUGAAUCCUCACAACGGUCGUCGACUCGAUGAGCAGGCGAAGUUCCAGCGCCUCGUGGCGUCGUUGUUUGCGAAGCAUGAUCUUGACGCGAUAAUAUAUCCGACGUGUCAGCUCUUAGCGCCUAAGACGCAGGAUGUGCUGGAUAUGCGGUGGACCUGCCUCAAUUUCCCAACUAACACGGUCAUUGCUAGCCAGCUAUUGUUCCCAGCCGUCUCAGUGCCGGUGGGGAAGUCGAGAGACGUGGCCGAAGAUCCAGACGGGCCGGAAUUGCCGGUCGGGCUCGAGAUCCUGGGAUUGCCUCUCGGCGAGGCGAAGAUGCUUGCAGUCGCGGCCGGCAUCGAAGCCGUAUGCAGAUAA